CAAGAUGCCUAGAGCAGGGGUUAGCAACUGGUGAAACGAAGCUUCCGCUAGGAUCGCCGUAUCGGCGCGCGGCGUCCAUUUCCCGGAUAUUAUUCCGGAACGCUUCACGAGUCGCAUUCCUCAUUACCAUUGCCCACGUUAAUUAUCAGCUGAAAAACAAUGCCUCCAGCACCGCCGUUCUACGACCGCAUCAAUUUAAAUAACAAGCUUAGCUCGCGCAUCAAGAUUUAUGAAUUAUCAAAUGUCUUUUUCCUUUUACAGAAGUUCGCGUUCUUCCCGAAAUCUCCGUCGAUUAAUUUUCAUAAUAUAUUUUAGAAAUUUUAAAUACGGUCGAAUAAUAUUACUUGUCCGGUUAUUUAGCACUGGGAAAGAAAAUAUCACUCAUGUUACAAAUUUCAAAAAGUAUCUUGAAAGUGAAAUAUGAUGAAAAUCCGUUUCUACUAUUUUUGUCUUAUUAAAUAUGCAGAAUAAUUAUCGGAGCGCAAUUUUGGUAGACUUUGGGGAUGGAAUCAAUUGUCCCUGGUAGAAAACUUUACGGAACACUAUCGGUCUCUUUUAACACACGGAAUCUACGGAUAAAAAAUGUACGCAAAAUUCCUGCGAAUGAGCUGGCUUACCAUCAUCACAUACGUGGGCGGGGUCGAUGAAAAUAAAUGAUUCGUACGCAAAGUACGAGCGCAUACGAAACGAAUGACGUAAAACAAAUAGUAUAAAUCGGAUCGCGAGCGUAGUUCGUCGAGAGUGACCUAUGUAAGUCUCAACGGUUAAAUAUGUCACGUAUCGACUUAAAACGGGGGUUGCGCCGUAACUUACAGGCAUGGCUCGCACACAUAGUAACGAAUCCUUUAUUAUUUAGGGCGAUAAUCCUCACUGCGAUACGACAAGCGGUGCGAUGGUCGGCUAAUGAUACCACGUGCUGACAUAACGUCGAAAUUAAGUCGAAAUUAGAUCAAUUUCCAUUAUCGAGAAAGCCUUUUUGAUGACAAUCAUAUAAUAUAAUAGAUAUAAUAAACCAGUAAACAUUUUUCAUGCAUGGACAUGAAUAAAUAUCUAGAAAAAAUAAACGUGGAAAUAUAUCCAUGUACUUAAUUGCAUAAAAUUUUGUUCUGUAGUCGCGAGCGUGGCGCAGAGAAAUACGCGCUACUUGGUAAACAAAUGAACGAGAGGAUCCGAAUUUAAAUCCACGGAUACCGCUGGUUUUCUCGGACGCUACCUCUCUCUCGGAGAGAAGUGGCAACUACCGAGAGUAUCCUGCCGCACAUAUCCCUGUCCUCCGAAAAGGAGGUUGGCGAAAGGCAACAACCCCUCACCGUAAAAAUUCACUGUUGCGAAUACACACAAAUGUGCCUCGGGAGGAGGCAAUUUGUUGUGAAGGCCAGGCCUACUUGGGGCUGUAGAGAGCUGAUGCAGCAGACUAUAAAUCCUAAUAAAGAGAACUUCGUUUGAACUUUGAGAUUCUCCUUCGGUCGUUCGGGCAACCGAAUUUGUUGAUUAGCGACGGCGUAGCCCAAUUGUUUUUCGGGAGGAAAACAAGGGGAGACUGAACGACGAUUCAGAAUUAAACUUUUGCUCACUAACGUUUCUAUAAAGAAACAGACUGCAAGUCGAUUACUCGGGUGAGCGAUGUGUUAUAGACAAAUGUGCGCGAGGGACAAAAUAAUCCAAUUACGUCACGUUUAAAUUGAUUUCGUUAGCAGAAAUCGUCAUGUCACGUUCCGGAAUCUUGAUUCUGAUGCUGUGGUCGCUGAUGGCGUGCUCUUUCGCCUUUACGAUGGAUCGUUCAGCGCUUGCGCCUUCUGCAUGGGACACGGCACCAUCCUUGGACACUUAUCAAAGAGUAUUUGUCAAUCCUGCGUUGAAGGACAAGAUACAAGUAACAGGCGCGCACAAGAUCUUGCAAACCGAGGACGCAAAAAUGUCGGAAAAUGUGCUGGGAAAUCAGACGCGCGAGAAGAGAUCAACAACUGGGAAUGUCGAGGCUGAGAUGAAGCUCGUUGAGAUAAAGCCUAUCAGUGAAAUAGCAUUAGCAAUUAGGAGCGACGCUUCCGAUUCUUUUGAAGAAAACGCUAAUACUAUUAUCACUCCUCGAAAUGUCAUUUUGCUCCUGAUCGAUGACACAGGUCCGGAUGAGAAAAGGCAGGAGAUCCUGUGGAAGGAUUAUAAAGAAAGACUGCAGCCCUUCGCGAUUGAAGGAUUUCUUCAAAGCUGCCACGACAAGUUUGACAGCGCUAAUUUUUCUAUGGAUAACACGUCAGUUACUGAAAAGAAAGAAAAAAGAGACAAUUGCGAGUGUGCCCUUCAUUCGAUCGAAGAGUUGUUAUCCUGGGCGAAACAAGUGAGAGGAAUGACAACAGGCGCAAUUUCCGGCAGCAAUUUCUCGUUCCCAUUCUUUCCUAACUACGAGUCUAGCAGAUUCAAUAAAAAUAACGCAAAGUUGGAACCACAUAAAAGAAAACGCGAUUCCAACGACGGUUGGCAAGUAAUCGAUCUUAGCGACCGGGCGAAAUCCGUUUUCCCUUUGACUACAGCAGGUCCUAAAACAGGAGGCGAGUCACAAACAGAAGAGAUGAAUUAUGAUGUCGCGUGGGACAUUUUCGACGUAUUUUCCAAAAUAAGAAUGGCUUUCUUCCGUUCUCUGUUCGAAUCGUUGCACAGAAACGAUGGCGCGUUCCAGAAUGAAUUCUCAUCGCGCAAAUCGUUCUCUUUUAAGUCAGCUGCAACCAAUUUAAUUGAGAAUACCAUCAGGGAGCUGAAAUCUGUCCCAAACGAAAAGGGCUACAUGUUAAUCGCUGCCGCACCGAAAAGCGAGGGUGCCGCCGUCAUCGAUCUUCUUCAACGUGAAGCCUCUCCAGAGAACACUCUCUUCAUCGUGACACAAGUCUGUGUUGAAGACCCAGAAUCAGUUCCAUUCAUUGCACAAGGACCGAAUUAUCGAAUUCUUCAGGAGGCACAAACUACUGAUGAGCUUCCAAUCACAAUAAAAAAAGCGAUGAUUACACGCGAUUGCCGUGAUACCGGAUGCAUGAGUCGGCAAAGGCGCGAUGUUCCGAUUGUUUCACGUGUGCCGACCGGCGAGAUCUUUUCGCAAGAACUGUCAAUGCAAAAGCGAGUUAGCAGAAACAAGAAUGCUGAGAAACCGAGUACCGUAAACGCUGAAGGAACCUUUGUUGGGAAAGAAGUACCAGGCAAAAGUUCGACUUCGUCGAAGAUACCGUGUGGCCUUGCUACAGUACUCGGUGUCACGAGCUCGAUCCUCGCCAAGGCCGCAAUAACAUCUUUUUAAAAUCAGACAUAAUAUUUUGUACUGAAUAUCUAUAACAUUUUUUUCUAUAUCUCUUUUCUCCCCCGUCAUCGAUAUUUUACAAACGAGAACCUACCGACGAUUUUGAUAAUAUUUCCUUUAAAAAGAAAAACACUAAGAGAGAAUAUUGGGCGAAUAACGCGCGUGGAAAGAGAUUAUGAUAUUGCAAUUAACACGUCGAUGAAACUCACGAAUAAGCUGUGGCGAAAAAUUGUACUCGAAGGAUACAUAAAUAAUCCUGACUGUGUCAGUGAAGUCAUUUAAUUUUCUCAGGAAGAAAUCUAUUUCUUAUUUAUCAAAUGAGGCUGUUAGAAUCUAACUUUCUCUCGUUAGAAUCUGACCCGAAAGAAGCGGAUAAUCUAUUUGUAAUUCAGGGCAGACAGAUUGGCUAGUUCGGUAUAUUUGCGGGGGUAAGUAUUUACCUCGCGUAAACACGUCUUGCCCGAUCCGGUUAAUUACAAAAUCGCACGUGAUUGCAACCCACAAUUUCAUACACUCGCGAAUUCCUCUGGUUAUGACGGUCGCCGCUCGCGUAAUCCUACCCUGGUGCAACAACGGCGCGCAACGUAUCCGCGAAAGAAAGUAAGACGAGGGCACGAGCUCGGGCCGCGAUUAGUCAGCGUGCGAUUCUUUACACUCGGAAGUGAAUACGGUGAAGAAUCGAGCGGGAACGCACGAUUAUCACCGUUAUCUUCACUUUGACGGCGUGCGAAAUUCGCACUUCGAGCCAAUUUUCUCCGUGUCAAUAAUAAGUACCUCCGUUACUAAUUAUUUCGCGAGAACAAAGGCUUGCUCGUGUGCACGCUGAUAAUUAUCACGAUCGCUAGAUAAUCCGAAGAGAGACGAGACUUUUCCGCGAAAAAUCUCGCAAAUCUCAUAAAUACAUGCAUGUGACGAUAAAUACAUUCGUUAAAAAAAAAAAUCUAAAACGCAUGUGGCAAUUGAAUAUAUUAUUUAAUUAGAUCGACCUGACGGUGCGCAACGAUAGCAACUAGAACCACGCAAAACUUAUCUGACGUGCGUGAGCGAGAAAAGAAAAAUGAGCUCGUUGAAACUAUAUUCGUGGUAUUUGAAUUGGAGCCUGAACUUUAAACACAAUAUAUAGUUAAAAAUUUGUCUCAUAAUAUUAUUGUCUCCUUUAUUUCUUUCGGUAAAA